AUGAUGCCGCGUGUUUUUCUGGAGCACUGGGGCGGAAGGCGGACGUUCUCAUGUGAGAAGUGCGGCACUUACCUUUCCAACAGAGACCUUCGAGAUGGAACUCGAUUAGCGCCUGCUGCGAGUAGUUGGAAUCGCGCAGAGUGUAAACUUAUCUUUGACGUAAGCUGCACGGGGCGGGCGUUUCUCUUCCGUCGUGUCGCUAACGUUCGAUACGGAGAACCUGUUGCAAGGAAGUUAACAACAGGAAAACAUUUGGUUCGUGACGUUUUUUGUCUCGUGUGUGAUACCAAGUUAGGAUGGCUUUAUGAAUUUACACAUGAAAAUACGGAAAGAUACAAGGAAGGGAAAUGUAUACUGGAACGAAGACUUGUUCGGGAAAUGGAAGUGACUAACAACCAGCUUGCCGAACGUUUGUUCGAGCAUGAGGAACCAGCAUCUCCUGCAAAGCUUCGACUGAACUGGAAGCGAUUAUAG